UGUUUAAUAAAAGAAGUUGCAGAUUCGUUAUUGUACAACGUACCGCCUCCAAUCUCUUCUUUGAAGGUAAUAGGUCAAUUAAUGGAAAAUAGCGAUAUAAGUAAAUAUGUAAAUUUGCCUUUCGGUGGAGAAAUGGAUGGCAAUGUAGUAAUGUCUGAGGAAAUGGGAAACGUUUCCAUGUCACAAUAUAUAAAUGACACCGAAAGACAUGAUGGGCAAUCACUUGGAAAUUUAGGUGGAGCCACUAUAGAAAACGGAAAUGGUUUUACAGUUGAAGAUUUGAAUUAUAUACAUUUUGAUGAAUUUGUUCACUCUGAUACUAUUGCCGUGACUGACGGUCCACAAAUAAUAUGGAAUAUCA